UUCAAAUUAACCAAAAAAUAAUUAUAACAUGCUAGAAGGGUACAUGGUAGUCCUGCCCGUACCAGAUUAUCUUCCAAAUACUUAUUAGAAGAAUAGAACACUGAAGAAGCCUCCUUAUGCAAGAAAACUUCUCUCUCUCUCUCUCUCUCUCUCUCUUUCCUUCUCUCUCUACAGUUAGGGAUUCUUUCUUCUCUGUAAUUCCAAUCUUCUUCAACCAUGGUGCUCGAGGCGACAAUGAUCUGUAUUGACAAUUCGGAAUGGAUGCGGAACGGUGAUUAUUCUCCUUCUAGGAUUCAAGCUCAGGCUGACGCUGUGAACCUUAUUUGUGGAGCAAAAACCCAGUCUAACCCAGAGAACACAGUGGGAGUUCUCACAAUGGCUGGGAAAGGGCUUCGUGUUUUGGUGACUCCAACUAGUGAUCUUGGCAAGAUCCUAGCAUGCAUGCAUGGUUUAGAAAUAGGCGGUGAGAUGAAUCUGGCUGCUGGUAUCCAGGUGGCUCAGUUGGCUCUCAAGCAUAGGCAGAACAAGAAGCAGCAACAAAGAAUUAUUGUCUUUGCUGGAAGUCCCAUAAAACAUGAAAAAAAGACUUUAGAGAUGAUUGGAAGAAAGUUGAAAAAGAACAGUGUAGCACUUGAUAUUGUUAAUUUUGGUGAAGAAGAUGAUGGAAAGAAUGAGAAGGUAGAGGCACUUCUUGGUUCGGUGAACAACAAUGACACUAGCCACAUUGUUCAUGUUCCACCUGGUCCAAAUGUUUUGUCUGAUGUGCUUAUUAGUACACCUAUCUUCACCGGUGAUGGGGAAGGUGCAAGUUUUGCAGCAGCAACUGCUGCCGCUGCAGCUGGAGGUGGUGGUUUUGAUUUUGGUGUAGAUCCCAACUUAGAUCCAGAGCUGGCGCUUGCUCUUAGAGUUUCAAUGGAAGAAGAGAGAGCCAGGCAGGAAGCAGCUGCUAAAAGGGCUGCAGAGGAGGCAACUAAGGAUGGGAAAGAGGGGGAACAACCAUCCAGCUCACAGGAUGCAACUAUGACAGAGCGCGCCACCGUUGCAACUUCUGGAGCUGACACUAAGGCAGCAACUGAUUUGACGGACGAUGAGAACGCUCUACUGCAGCAGGCCCUUGCAAUGUCAAUGGAUGACCCUGCAUCUGGUGAUGUGCGAGACACAGAUAUGUCAGAGGCAGCUGCAGAGGACCCAGAAUUGGCCCUAGCACUUCAAUUGUCAGUGCAAGAAGGUGCAAAAGAUUCAUCUAACCAGGCAGAUAUGAGCAAGUUGCUGGCUGAUCAGUCAUUUGUGUCUUCCAUUCUUGCCUCUCUUCCGGGAGUUGAUCCAAACGAUCCUUCAGUUAAAGAUUUGCUGGCUUCCAUGCAAAGCCAGUCAGAGGGUGACCAGAAGAAAUCUGAAGACAAAGAAUCGAAAGAAGAAGACAAAUGAUUGUUGAGAGCAGAGCUGUUUUUCCAUGCGAGAUCAAAAAGGGUUCUUCUUCUCUCCAUUUGCACCACAAAAAAUUAUUUGUAAUUUCGGUGCUCCCUUGUUAUAAACUAUUAUGGGUUGUGUCUCUUUCUUGAGUUGGGGGUGACUUGACAUUAGCAGAGAGUAUUAUUCUCAGAAAGUACACUAUUGAAAAUACAUCUCUGCUUUGUUUCGACAUUAUAAUUAAUAUCUUUUUACUUGACUAUUUA